CUCCUCCUCCAUCUCGAGCUCGUCUCGCCGCUGGUCUGUUCCCGAGGGGAGAUCCCAGGCCUCCGACCGCCAUGUCCCGCUAUACGCGGCCUCCCAACACCUCGCUCUUCGUCAGGAACGUGGCGGACGCCACUAGGCCUGAGGAUUUGCGCCGUGAAUUUGGUCGAUAUGGCCCUGUAGUAGACGUAUACAUUCCGCUUGACUUCUACACAAGACGCCCACGAGGAUUUGCUUAUAUACAAUAUCCUUUAUUUCAUUUCAUGUUUGAAGAUGUUCGUGAUGCAGAAGAUGCUCUUUAUAACCUCAAUAGAAAGUGGGUAUGUGGCCGGCAAAUUGAAAUACAGUUUGCACAAGGGGAUCGCAAAACCCCAGGUCAGAUGAAGUCAAAAGAACGUCGCCAGUGUUCUCCAAUGGAUUAUAGAAGAUCAAGAAGCCACAGCCGAAGGAGGACACGUAGCCGAAGUUCAUCAUGGGGCUGGAGUAGAAGACACUCUGACAGCUUUAAAGAGCAUUCCAGCUCACCAAGACGAUCUGUCUCGCCUCAAAGGAAUUCUACCUCUAGAGGAAGAUCACGGUCAAAAUCAUUGCAGAGGUGUUCAAAAUAUGCUGAGAAGUCGCCAUCCGGCUCCCACCGAAGACGUUCUACUUCAAGGACAAAGUCGCGGUCACAUCCAAAGCGCUCAGGCUCAGUUACCAGAUCAUUAUCUAAAUCUCCGCGGAAACAUGCCAACUCCAGUUCUCGCUCUAGAAGUUUCUACCAGAGAAAUAGUAACCAGUCGGUAUCUGAAGAAGAUUAAUGUGUUUUUCUAACAAUUUUUUAUGAGCACAACUAAGAACAAAAUUUGUCCAAAAUGUAACUGAAAUGUAAGAUAAUUGAAUAAUGAGAGAUCUUGCUAUGUUCCUUUGGUCCAUAUUUUAAUAAGCAGAACUCUUUAAAAUUUGCUAACAUUAAAGAGAAACAUUUAUUUAGCCUAGAUUAGUUUCAAUUUGAACCUAAGCUCACUCUAUUGGUGUAAGUUAGCAUUAUGCUCUGCUCUUACAUCAUUUUCUUUUUUGGACAGGAUUGUCUUUGGACCUUUCUUCCAAAUCCUUGGAACAGCAAAAAAAAUUAUGCUACUGUAAUUUUGUACUGGCUUAAGGGUGCACACAGGUCUGUCCUGUGCUUUGUAGUGGAGUUGAAAGGGAAGGCCUUUCUCUACCCAUUUCUACUUACUUCAGUAGGUAUUGCAGUACAGUUAUGUCAGUCUGCCAGAAAUAUGGAUACGCUAAUGGAUCAGAUUUUCCUUUCCACCUAUGCAACUCAUUUGCCCCCCCUCCCCCCGAGAUUUCCAAGCAAGACUUAAGUGUAGAAGGAGAUGAGCAUGCGGAAGUGAGUAAGUAAAAAUCAAAGUAAAAUUGCAUGCAGUUCAAUGCUUGAAUGGUAGAUCUGCCCUUGGGAUAGGAUUAAAUGUUCCAAUAAUUUGUUUUUUUUAUAUUGGUUAUGGUAACAAUUUCACUGCUGUUGCCCUUAUUUUAUUUGGCCCUAUUUGGUGUCUUUUUGGUGAUACCUAGAUUUUAUUGGAGGACAACCAUUCAUGUAUAUUCUUCAGACAAGUAUGUUUUAAGAAACAAAAAUUGAUAGGAAGGCACUGCAACUCAACUUGCAGGUUGUAAAGCGCCUUUAAAUUAAACCUUGUCUAUGUUUCAGAUUAGAGAAGCAUGUUACAGUGUAAAGGGAGAGAUACUUGUAUAACAUGGAGAUACAUGUAUCACAUAAGGCAGAAGUCCAGCAUUUGUCUUAAUUUCAUAGUUAAAACUAUGAUUAGAUCUUGCAAUAUCACUUCAGACCUUCAUUUGAAAAGAAUAAUACAAUUAAUAUGCAAUUCUCUGGACUAAAAAUAUGAAUUUACAUGAAUGCGUUGUAACAUUGCAUUGCAUUAGAUCUCACUUUGGUUGUCAGAUGGAGGUGAAUUUCAGGAAAUCAUUAUUUUUCCUUAAAUGAUAAAAUAUGGUUGAACGUUGGAUUGCUAGAUCGAAUGUGGCAUGUGAAAGGGUGUACAAGAACACUAGUGCAAAUGAAGUGCUAAAAUGACUUGUAGUACUUGAUAUGUUCUACUUUGAAACCUUCCUCAUUUCAUUAAUAAUAACAUAAUUUGCCUGCAAAUAGAAAAAGAGCUUGGCAGUGAAAUGCCAAGUCUGGAUUUUUUUUUAUUCCUGGAUAGGCUGUCUCUUCUGUAAAGAGCUUAAAACAAAAUAUAAAUUUCAUAAUGUAAUUUCCAUCUGCAGACUGAACUGGUACAGUUCAUUUUCUCAUUACAUACUGCUAUUUAGUGGGAACAGCUUUUGCUCUCGUGCAGCAAUCUUUUGCUCUGCAACAUGAAUAAUGAUCACAAAAUGAUUAAUUUGAUUGAAAUUAAUGCUUAUGGAAAACAGAUUAGUCAAACAGAUUUUUUAAAAAGGAGAUAAUUAGAAAUAUAAUUUGGGGUUAUUGUAAUAUAAGUUGUUAAGCACAUGAUUUUCAUGUGUGGUUAAAUGUUUUUGUGAAACUCUUAUGUUUGUUGUGUAAAAUCUAUCACAUCUAUAUUUUCAAAAUAUCAUUGUAGUAGGUGAUCGGUAUAGAUGACACCAACAAGCAUUUUAAAUUCUAAGCCUGUAAUAUGAUUUAACAGUUAAGCGACUCAGUAUAAAGUCAUUAUUAGCGUGUUUAACUCAAGUAACAGAGGGUAUUCUAAAAAAUUUUGUAUUUUACAAUAUAUGAUACUGUGCAUUGUGUAGUAAUGUUUGGAAACUUAUUUGUUUUUUAAAUGUAUAGUAACUGAUGUCUGUUACAUGGUACAAGCACUGCAUUGUAUUAAAAUAAUUGUAGUGGCAGUAAAACUACAUUUCAUGAGCAAGUGUUGGGAGUAUCAUUGUUAUUUCAUAACUUAAAAUAU